AUGGCCGUGCUGCAUGUCUGGGGAGUUUCGGGGCGAGAGGUGGCUUCCAUCCCUAUGCAAGAACUGCAAGAUGCGCGAAUGUUGAAGCAGAUCUUGCACAAGAUGUGUGGUGUCCCGCGCUUCCGGCAGAGAUUACUGCAUGAUGGCGAAAGCUUGGACGACGGGGCAUGCUUAGACUUGCUGGAGGAUGUGCAACUGGUGUUGCUGGACUACUGUCCAGCAUCUUCGCGUGACGUUGUGGAACUCUACGAAGCCGCGGAAUGUGGCGAUGUACUAAAGGUUGAGAUCGCCCUGCAACGACCGCAAGAUCCGAGCUUGACGAAAUCUCCCACUGGCCCCUCUCCACUUCAGAGGGCUUCUCGAAAUGGUCAUGUGGAGGUCGUCCGGCUCCUCUUGGAAGCCUGGGCUGACAUGGAGAGAUGUCAUUACUAUGGCUCUACGGCCUUGGGUAACGCAGCUGCUUUCGGGAAGAUGGGAGCUGUGUGCACGCUCUUGCAGGCCGGCGCCGAAAAAGACAACGGCACAGUGACCCCACUCUAUGCUGCAUCUGCUGAAGGACACGUAGAGAUUGUGCGCUUGUUGCUGGAGCUUCGUGCCGACGUGAACAAGAAUUCGAACCCCAGAAUCGCCACGACAGCUCUUGGGGCGGCCUCCCUGUACGGGCACGCUGAGACGGUCUCCGUGCUGCUUAAGGAAGGAGCUGACAAGGACCAACUUUGUGGAAGAGAUAACGCGACUGCCUUGACUUUGGCUGCCCGCAACGGACACCAAGAGGUGGUGCGCCUUCUGCGAAAUGAGGCCAGCUCCUUCUGUACCUUUCAAUAG